CGGCGAAGCUUUGCAAAAUUUCCCAUUCUUGUCGGUCACCAGUCUCCGCUCUCCAAAUUUUGCCUUCCCACUUUACACUUUCUCUGCGUCCUUUAAACGAUACAAUCAUUAGUAGAAUCGUUUCAAAGUUACCUUUUGUAUUUAUUUUUACCCGAAUGUUUCCUCCAAACCCUAGCCUUUUUCACGCAAAGCCAUCCCCACUACCCCCUUUCCCAUCCAGGACCUCCGUCCGCUGCUCCGCCACCGGCGAAAUUCCCGCCGGCCCAAUAUUCCCCAAGUGGUUCCACUUCCCGACCACGACCACGGCAGGUUCCGACAUUUUUGGAGGAGGUGUCCGAAUCGGACAAGACAACUUAGAAGCUCCCGCUGGUAGCAGCAUUAAGGUUAAGAAAUGGUCGAGGAACAGAGAGAGUUAUUUGAGUAAUGACGAUGAUCCUCUCCCUCUUCCCAUGACUUACCCUGAUACUUCCCCUGUUACCCCAGAGGAAAUUGAUAAGCGACUCCAAUGUGAUCCCAAAAUUCAGAAUUGCAAAGAAGUGGUAUAUGAAUGGACUGGGGAGUGCAGGAGUUGUCAAGGGACUGGACUUGUCAGCUACUACAAUAAAAGAGGCAAAGAGAUUAUUUGCAAAUGUAUACCUUGCCUUGGAAUUGGUACAUGCUUCUUCUUCUUAUUUGCUACCACAAAGUUGCAAUUGAAUUCCAAUUUGGAAGGUUACGUGCAGAAGAUAACAGCUCGUAAGGACAUUGAAGUGAUGGAGGAUUUGGAUAAUGGAAAACCAGCGUGACACAAAUACAGCUUUUCUUUUUAAGCGGGAAUAAUUUGUAAACAGCUUGUCUGAGUUCUAUUCUUUCAACACCUUUUUCCACAUUUCAUGUAGAUUACCCUUUACAUGGAUAGAGGUGAAAGGCAGCCUCUUGGCGAGAAAAGUUAGGUUAAAAGAUUAGUCUGGUUGACACUUAACAGAGGCAAAAGGAAUUGCUUGUAACUUUAUCAAAGAAUGUAUUCUUAAGGUUCUCUUCCUCUGC